UCCCGCGGGUGGGCGCGGGCGGGGGCGGAGGAGGGGGGAGGGCUGCGGGCCGCGGUCCGUGUGUGUGUGUGCCGUGCCCAGGGGGAGGUUUCUCGCUCACGCACACACACACACGCACACACACACACACACACACACACACACACGCACCGCACACACGCGCGCUCCCGCAGCACCGGCCCCGCUCCGGCCCCCCCGCCCCGCUCCCGGCUCACACCAUGUUCCAGCCGUCCGCCAAGCGCUGCUUCACCAUCGAGUCCCUGGUGGGCAAGGACACCCCCCUGGGCCCCGAGGAGCCCCCUCGCCCCGCCGCCCUCGCCUACCCCGGCCCCGCCGCCGCCGACGCCGCCGCCUUCGCCCCCGGCUUCCAGGGAGCCGCCGGCCGGGCCCUGUACGGCAGCGCCGAGCUCGUCUUCCCCGAGGCCGUGGGGCACCCGGCGCUGCCCGUGGGGCCCCCCCAGCUGGGGGGCUCGGCCCUGCCUCACCCGCACCCCUUCUUCGGGCCGCAGCAUCGCGACCCGCUCAACUUUUACCCCUGGGUGCUGCGGAACCGCUUCUUCGGCCACCGCUUCCAAGGGAGCGAGGUGUCCCAGGAGAGCCUCCUGCUGCACGGCCCCUUCGCCCGCAAGCCCAAGCGCAUCCGCACGGCCUUUUCGCCGUCGCAGCUGCUGCGCCUGGAGAGAGCGUUCGAGAAGAAUCACUACGUGGUGGGAGCCGAGCGCAAGCAGCUGGCCAGCAGCCUCAGCCUGUCCGAGACGCAGGUGAAAGUGUGGUUCCAGAACAGGAGGACGAAGUACAAACGGCAGAAGCUGGAGGAGGAGGGCCCCGACUCGGAGCAGAAGAAGAAGGGCUCGCACCACAUCAACCGAUGGCGCCUGGCCACCAAGCAGUCCAGCGGGGACGACAUCGACGUCACCUCCAACGACUAAGGCGGGGACGGGCUCCCGCUGCGGCCACCAUGGCCAGGAGCCCCGGCCAGGCCGGGGGGACACAGGCGGCGGCACCCGCCGGACUCUAGGGACGCGGCCCCCGCCGCCGCCGCGGCCUUUGCUGGGGGUGCAGCCCGGGCAGGGCCCGACCCGCGUCCCCCCGGCCCCCCCGACCCUCGGAGGGGUUUUCGGGGAGCCCAGCCCAGGAGGGAGAGGAGCUGCCGGGGCGGAAAACCGCGCGAGCCCCUCGGCGCCGGAGCCGUGGCAUCCAACAGCGCGUCCGCACAGCUCGGUGUCCCCAGCCCUUCCUCCCCAGUGUCCCCUUUGUCACUUCUCUUUUUUAUCCCCGUUUUUCUCCCGUUUUUCUCCCGUGUUUCCGUUAUUUGGGUUUUUUACGCCGACUGGAUUAAUUUAUUCUCCCUGCCCUGUGCGCUUCCCUGCCGU